CCAACUCUUAUUCCACUGAUCAGAAGCUUAUGUCAAACCAGUUCCAAAGUCUAUAAUCUGAUCUCUUAUUGCUUGUUUUCAUCAUUAUUCUUGUUGGUCUUUAAAACCAAUCGAAAAUGGAACAGGAUCAGUAUUGGAUGUGGAUGAGGAGGAGACGGAUUUUGAAGUCCCAUUUUCAAGUGUCAAUGAACUCUUUAAGUGAGUACUCGUGGGAAGAAAAAGCUUUUGCAGAAGAUGCAGCAGGGUCCUUGGGGGGAUGCAUAUGGCCUCCUAGAUCAUAUUCUUGUAGUUUUUGCAGGAGAGAAUUCAGGUCAGCUCAAGCUCUAGGUGGUCACAUGAAUGUCCAUAGGAGGGAUAGAGCUAGGCUUAAACAAUCUGCUCUCAGUUCCCACAAUGAAGUUGUUGUUCCUCAUCAUCAGAAUCACAGAAAAAUAUCUCCAAAAUCAUCUGAUGAGCCUAAAAUAUUACCACACCAGGCUGGCCCUUUAGAUUCCACUGAUGAUCUUGACCAUAAUUCUAUUGCCUCAACCUUUUCAGCGUCUAGGGUUUCAGUAUUAUCUACUCAAGAAAAUUUUAGUACUACUUCUCCUGUUCAAGAACAGCAUAAAGGGCAGUUAUUUGGGUCAGAUUCUACUGCAAAAAGAAGUCUCAACAAUAUUUUUUUAGAUUCAAAACCUGAUGCAGAAAAGAGCAUCAAGCUGGCGCGGGGGGGAGAUUCUGUGUGCCUAGAUUCUGAUGAUGAUCAUGUUGAAACCAAUUUGUCUGUUGGGUUGAAUCCUGUCUUUUUCCAAAAUCGGCCAACUGUGAUCACUUGUGGAGAGGAGGCAAUCAGUUGCAAACGACCAAAGAUUGCUGUUUCAACACUGCCAUUCAUAGUUUCAGAAGAGACAUAUUCUCCUCUUCAGUGGCAGGUUCUUGGACUCAAGCCUGCAGGCUCCAUGGAGGACUUGGAUCUUGAGCUCAGGCUUGGUGUUCUACCAAAGGUGAAGUAAUGCAUGGUGCACUGUGCAAGAGAAUGAUCUCAAGAGAUCAUCAGUCUAACUUCUUUUUUUUUCUUUUUUGUCCCUUUAUGUCAUCUCUUUGAUUUUCCCUGGAGAACAGGCGAAGGCGUAUUGUGCAGAUAAUGAGACUGAGCAGAAUGGAAAAAAAAAAAAAAGCUUAUAUUCCAAUAACUUUUCUUGUAUUCUGAUACGCAGUAGCAUCUUAGUUUUAUCAGCUUUUUUUUUUUUCUGUUUUGAGUAUAUCUUCCUAUACUAUCUUUCCAUCUCAUGAUGAUAAUGAUUUGGGAAUGAUAAGGGGUACUUAAAAUCUUCAUGAUUAUAGAUAAAAUCUUCAGGUGUCCUUUCAUCUGUUCGACAAGGAAAGAUCUCCAUGAUCAAUGUCUGAUG